AUGUCAGAUUCCAACACAACUGACUUCACAAACCCCUCCACCUUCAUCCUGAUGGGCAUUCCUGGCCUGGAGGAGGCCCAUGUCUGGAUCUCCAUCCCCUUCUGCACCAUGUACGUCAUAGCCAUCUUGGGGAACUUCACCAUCCUGAUCAUUGUAAAGAGGGAUCCGAGGCUCCAUGGGCCCAUGUACUAUUUCCUCUGCAUGCUGGCCGUCACCGACCUGGUCCUGCCUACAUCUAUCCUUCCCAAAAUACUGACCAUCUUCUGGUUCAAUUCCAGGGAGAUUGAUUUCAGUGCCUGCCUCACCCAGAUGUACUUCAUUCACUGCUUCUUCAUGAUGGAGUCUGGGAUCUUAGUGGCCAUGGCUUUUGAUCGCUAUGUGGCCAUCUGCCAUCCCCUGAGACAUUCCACCAUCCUGACAAAUCCUGUGGUGGCCAAGAUUGGACAGGCUGUGGUGCUGCGCAGUAGCAUGCUCAUAAUGCCCUAUCUCCUCCUGGAGAGGCAUUGGUCAUAUUGCAGAACCAACAUCAUCUCCCACACACACUGUGAGCACAUGGCUGUGGUGAAACUGGCCUGUACUGACACACACAUCAGUAGUUACUAUGGCCUCUUUAUGGUAUUCUGUGUGCUUGGUCUGGAUGUGUUUUUUAUCACAGUGUCCUAUAACCAGAUCCUCAGGGCCAUCUUCAGCCUCCCCACAAAGGAUGCCCGGCUCAAGACUUUUGGCACCUGCAGCUCCCACCUCUGUGUCAUUUUAGCCUUUUACAUCCCAGCUCUCUUCUCCUCCCUCAUGUCCCGGUUUGUCCAGAAUGUGGCCCUGAAUUUCCAGGUUCUCAUGGCCAACGUCUACCUCCUGGUGCCUCCCAUGCUAAACCCCAUCAUCUAUGGGGUGAGGACCAAACAGAUCCGGGACAGGCUGCUUGGGCUUUUUACUCAUAAAGGAACCUAA